GCAGAGAGAGAGAACGAGAGAGAAAGCAGAGAGAGCAGAAGGCAGCUGCGUAGUGGAGGGGGAGUGUGUGAGACAGAGAGAGAGAGAGAGAGAGAGAGACGGAGAAAGAGAAAGACAGAGAGAGAAAAAGAUCAGCACACAGAAUGAGAAGCACUGAAGCAAGAGCUGAGCUCCAGCUGCAGAACAACAGAGACUGAAGAUUAGCACCAGAUCCGUAGGAGAAAUACAGACAAUGGUCGUCCGUCUCUCUCUCCGAAUCCUCGGCUGUCGUGUGUCGCUCUGCCUCAGCGCUUCCCAGCCCCCGUUUCAUCCAGAGACUCCUCGACAGCGUGAGAUAUGAGCUCCAAACACUCGGCCGACUGGAUUCCGUACAGCACCUUGGAUGAUGAGUGCAGUAACCUGCGACAGCAGAAGCUGGACAGACAGAGGGCUCUGUUAGAGCAGAAGCAGAAGAAGAAGCGUCAGGAACCCCUGAUGGUGCAGUCGAACCUGGAUGGUCGCUCUCGGACCCGCCGGACCCGACAGUGUGAGGAGCAGGCGCCGCUGGUGGAGUCCUAUCUAAGCAGCAACAGCAGCACCAUCUACCAUGGAACUCAUGGACCAGCUGCAUUCCAGGAUGAGGCCCAGGACCUGAGCGGGCAGAUCCAGAUCCUCACAGUGGGACAUUCUGCUGGACACGACAGCGACACUGAGGUCCAGAGCAAAGCUGUGUCUCAGGCUCAGAGCAAGCAGGACCUGAGGGUCACCAUGCUGAAGAAAGGAAUCUCCAGCAGCAUGAAUUUUGAUGAGGAAGAAGAUGAUGAUGAUGAAGAAGUGAGCUCCAGUUCUUCUCAACUCAACAGCAACACCAGACCCGGCUCAGCCACCAGCAAGAAGUCUAGCAAGGAAGCAGCUUCAGCUUCGACUCUGGUGACCAGCGAGCCGUCCAUCGACGUGGGGGAUCUGGAGGAGUUCACCUUGAGGCCGGCGCCACAGGGAGUCACUAUCAAAUGCAGGAUCACACGGGAUAAAAAAGGAAUGGACCGGGGCAUGUACCCCACCUACUACCUCCAUCUCGAAAGAGAAGACGGCAAGAAGAUGUUCCUUUUAGCUGGUAGAAAGAGAAAGAAGAGCAAAACCUCCAACUACCUGAUCUCCAUAGACCCCACUGACCUGUCGAGAGGCGGCGAGAGCUUCAUCGGGAAACUCAGGUCCAACCUCAUGGGCACCAAGUUUACAGUUUAUGACAGCGGAACGAACCCGGUGAAGAGCACGUCCAGCUUAGAGGCCAGUAACCUGAGGCAGGAGCUAGCAGCCAUCUGCUACGAGACCAAUGUGUUGGGGUUUAAAGGUCCUCGCAAGAUGAGUGUCAUUAUUCCAGGAAUGAACAUGGAUCAUGAAAGAGUCUGUAUUAGACCACGAAAUGAGCAUGAAACACUGUUGGCUCGCUGGCAGAAUAAGAGCACCGAGAGCGUGAUCGAGCUCCACAACAAGACGCCGGUGUGGAACGAUGACACUCAGUCGUACGUGCUGAACUUCCACGGCAGAGUCACUCAGGCCUCGGUGAAGAAUUUCCAGAUCAUUCACGACAACGACCCGGAUUAUAUCGUGAUGCAGUUUGGCCGCGUGGCUGAGGACGUCUUCACUAUGGACUACAACUACCCCAUGUGUGCGCUGCAGGCCUUUGCUAUCGCUUUGUCCAGCUUUGACAGCAAACUGGCCUGUGAGUAAGAGCGUGACUCUGGGGACGUGAGGAUGUGUGAGAGGAUGUGAUGAUUCCCUCAGAAGGACUUCAGAGACCUGCAGAAGUCCUGAUCUAACUGACGUGUGUGUGAGAGCAGGCAGGAGUUCAGACUGACACACACUGACCUGCGAGAGGCGACGCUGAGGGAAAAAGCACAAAGCUGAGCCACCUACACGGCCGCUUCGUUCUUCUCACGCUAAAGUUUCAUGUGAAAAUGAAAUAUUGUGUACCUUCAAUGCUACAGCACACGUGUUUUUAUUAGCGGUGAAAUCUCAUCGUCCGUCUCAUCGCUGGAUUAGCCGCAGUUUUCUGAGUAACGCUAACGCUGCACACGCUAACUUCACCUCCCAUCGCUCCUAACCACCUAAUAUCACUUUAUAAUCUUAAUGUUGGACUUAUUCUAAUUUUGUACAGUAAUAUUGUGUGUGUGUGUGUUUCUGACUAACAGCCAUGUAAUGUCUCAUAUCAAUGCUUUCUGAUGGCUUCAUGCUGUCCGUGUGAAGUGUUUUGUGUUUCUAUUUUAUUUAUGUAUUUAUAGAUCAUUCCUCUCACUGCUGUUAUUUUACUCAACACCACAUCAACACUCAACACUGAAAAACAUACGAAGACAGAAUUAUUGUUUACUGAGAGCUGUUUACAUGCUAAACACACAGAUACUCAUGAAAAGACAAUGAACUAAACAGUGCACUUUAUCUUGAGUGUUGCUGUAGUGUGUGUGUGUGUGUGUGUGUGUGUGUGUGUGUGUGUGUGUGUUCUCAUCAGUGUGUUUCUCAGUGAAAGAUUAAAUUACAACAAACAGAAAAUAAAUUUACUGAAUAAAUCAUGAGUGUUGCAUUUAAAUGUAUUUGUAUUGAAAUGUUCAGAAUCGACACACAUGAUGUUCCAUGAUCAUCAUAUUUAAAUUACUGAAUAAAUUACCUGCUAGCUAAUAAACUGGUCUCACUUUUGACCAAAAAAACACUUCCUGUAACAGUAAGAGACUAUGAGACUCAGGAAACUGCAGAUGAAGCAUCAGAGGCUGAAACUCAAGCUACAGCUGAACAAUUUUAAAUAAGUGUUAGUUUCAGUAUGCCCUGCGAUGGAUUGGUGACCUGUCCAGGGUGCCCUGCCUAUUGCCCUAUGUACGCUGGGAUAGGCUCCAGCAGACCCCCGUGAACCUAAUUAGGAAUAAGCGGGUAUAGACAAUGGAUGGAUGUAUCCUAUACUAUACAAUACUAACCCUAGUAUUUCAGGAAGAGGUAGGUUUUCACCUUCUUGGAGAAGUUCAUUCCGGUCCCAGAACAGAGAGGAGUCUUGAUGCAUACCUACCUCAUACCCUGAGAAGUCAUCUUGUCCUGUAGUCCUACCACCUGCCCACUGGACCCAAUCCCCUCAACACUGCUCCAGAUCAUCUCACAAGACCACCUGCCCUUCAUCUCUACCAUCAUCAAUGGUUCCAUAACAUCUGGUUAUGUACCAACUGCCUCAAGAAAUUAAGGCUUCCUUCCUGAAGAAGGAAGAAAUCCUGAAGAAAUCCCAUCCUGAAGAAACCUGCACUGGAUCCUUCAGAUACCCAACCCCUAGACCUGAAGCACUUCUCACUUUACUUUCAGAAAUCCUUGAACACAAUGUUUAUAAUCAUCUGUCUCUCCACUGCUCUCAGAACACACUCCAAGAGUCCAACCAGUCUGGCUUCUAAACGCUGUAUUCCACCAGUAAAUGUACCAGUGAAGGAGAAAAGGCUGCGUGAUGUGGGGUAAAGCCACUGGGUUAGAGUCAAACAUCUCAAAUCUGAAAUAAUAUUGAUAAUGUGUGUAUGAUCUGUCACAGCACAGGAAGAGAAAAUCAACAGCACAGAUUUAUUCAGAGGUCAGAGGUGAGGACACACUGCUCCCAGAAAUGAGUCUCUCUGUCUCCAAAAUCCAAGACAAGAAGAAAGAAAAGAGGAAAAAGCGGAGGCAAUUACUGACAUACGAGAACAUUCCUCUGAAUACUUUGUUUAAUCUGAAGAUGUGUUACACACACACACACACACACACACACACACAGACACGGUAUCAGAAAAUGACAUUAACACACACUUUAUCUAGA